GAAUGUGCCGCCUCUCGUUGUGCCUUUCUGGCAACCUCUAAGCGAAGCCAAUUUUGCUUCGGCUUAUGAACCUGAGGAUGUUCUGUUAGCUUAUUUUUACACUCUCGUACAAGGCUGUUACUCUGGAGAAUGGCCUACCUGGGUCAAGGCGACUGAGAAAGUCAUCAAGCAGCUAGGAAGUUCUCAGACGGCCAGACUUGAAGGCGUGCAGGGGCUCCAGGCCUCGAUGCAUAUGGGGACAUCUGGUCGAGGGAUUGCGUGCACGGCAAGAGGCUACCUAGGCAAUGUCCCAGCAACAGUACAAGAGGGCGAUUGGUGUUGCAUUGUCUUCGGGGUGGGUCGCUACACCACUCAUACUCCGCGAGGUAGUCGGAGAGUCAACCCCAGAACAGCGACGGUUUCGCCUUGUAGGAUACGCGUGGGUAGCAGGCCGGCAAGUACAGGUAGACUCAAGAGGUAGCAGGUGGUUAACCAUGCUUGGUACCGAAGAGAGUAAGGAGUGGGACGAAUGGGACGUGGAGGAGCAGAUGAUAUACAUUGUUUGAGCUGGACAUGAGGCCUCUUCUACCAAGAUACGUUACGGCUCCAACGUCUUGGGUUGAGAUACAAUAUCAAUUCCAGAAUCCAUAUCGUGAGUGUGAUAACAUGAUAGCAUUCAAUGUUGGACCAAGUGAAGAAGAGAAGCUUUAUUACUUUGCAUACACAUCAUGAACUUUCCUACUCGACAGACAAACUGCUACCCAUCAAUGAUCAUCGUACCCAUCUGCU